GCCAGUUCAGCGAGAUCCUCGCAGAGUUUUCCUGCAUAUCAGGAGUUGCCUUCACGAUGAGGAAGCAAGCUCAGAUCUUAGGCAGCAGCAUGGCACUCGAGCACCUCCGCGACAUAGUUUCACAGCGCGCCCAGCUCGGGGCCGUCCUUUCGCCCAAAACUGGGCAUCUCGGCAUACGCGCUGCAUGUCCGGUCGAAGGCUGCGGGCUGAGCGAUAAGGCCGGCGUCCGCAACCGUUACCUCGAAGACGACAGCAUCUCAUUCCAUUGCCUGGCGCAUGGCGACUUUGCUAUCAGCCUUCACGAUCCUCAGCAGGCGGCAAGACUGGAGCUCAAUACGCCCAUGCGGAACUUGCUCCGCAACCGACUCUUUGGCACCGAUCCCGCCGCUCACUGGAUCCAGGUCAUCGGGGCCGACUACGCUGGCUUCUACCAGGAGCAGCUCCUCUGGCAACCACUUGCGGCGGCGGACAUGCCACUCGAAAAGCUCCCUCUCAUUGUUUACAGCCCGCAGAUUCUCGACUGGUCCGGCGCGAAGCUCUCCAAGAGCUUGUACGUGGAGCCGUCCGCUUACUCGUAUCUGCGAGGCACAAACCUUGAAUACAUGCUGGGCUAUCACCUACUGCCGGCGAGCGGGUUCACGCUCGAGCACAUCUACCGAGUCUGUUCCCAAUGGAUCGACCAACCACACAAACUCUUUCGGGCCUACUCGAUUUACCAUCUCCAUGACCUCCUCACCGCCUCCAGGAACAAGGCAGUCUCGAGCCCGGACGAAGGACGCGGAGAAGAGUGAUGUUCAGUUGGGACGAGAUACAAGUUGAGA